AUGAAAAUUUUUAAUACUGCGGCUUUUCUUCUUUCGGCGACUGAAGGAGCUUGGGUUCAGCCUAAAUAUGAAGAAGUUUUAAAAGCAUCAAAGGGCCGUUCCUCAUUCAAUUGGGGCUUCCCAGUUGGUCCGCGAAACUCAAAAGCCUUCGAAACCUGUGGCGAACCUUCUCUUCCCAAAAACGCAUUGAAAUUCGAAUGCAACAGCUCUACCUGCGCCGUCAUUUGCCAGCCGGGUUUGAUGCCCCUUGGAAAAGCUCGAGUUCGCUGUCGAAAAAGCGGUUGGGCAAAAGCCUUUCCCGAUUGUGGCGGCUGCGAUCCAGAGCCAAAAAGAGCCGCUGACGUUUUGGCCGAAUGCAAGGAUGGAAAAACACGAUCGUGCAAUCUUCGCUGCGCCGCUGGAAAAUUUUUCCCCGAUCUUGGAAUCAACCAGCUUGGAGUUGGACUCAAAACGAAGAUCAACUGCAAGUGCAAAAAGCGAUCCGGCAAAUGCGAUUACAAAUUCGUCAGCAAAGAGCUCAAGAGAAAAAAUGUCUCUAAAUUCGAAUGCGCUGAUAUUCCUGUUACUCCCGGAACAACUCAACCAACUGCUCCUCCCCAGCCUCAAAGCUCAGCAGCCCCAGCCGUAAUCAUCGAAGAUAACCAAGCUUCGUUCUCUGGGUCGUGUUCUUCCUUGAUUCCAGGAAAUACAGAGGCAGCAGCGAUUUGCAACACAAUCGAAGAUGUUAAUGUGAAACGAGCUCUUCAUCAUGCUCCACCACUGGAAGUCGAUGCAAAACUAUGUGCUGAUGCUCAAUCUUACGCCAAUCUCCUUGCUCAGCGAGACACUGGACUUUCCCACGAUGGUGCUCUUCUACAGAGCCUCAAGCAAGGAGAAAACCUCAUGUUUGGAGUAAACGAUAUGAGCGUUGAGGGCAACUUUCUCCUGGCGACGCAAAUGUGGCACGAUGAAUGGAAAGAUUGGGACUUUCAAAAAUUGACUUGCACUCCAGGCCGCCAGUGCCUCCAUUUCACGCAACAAGUCUGGAUCGGAACUCAAAAAGUGUGCUACGCCGCGGCAAAAACAGGUCGCAAAACAUAUGUGGUCGCUCGAUACUCACCGCCAGGCAAUAGCAUGAGACGAAUGCGUGAAAAUGUCCUCCCUGCUAAUUGA